CCGAAGGUCGUGACCAGCCAAUGACUCGAAGUGGUCAGGAUAUUGCUGUAAAUUUUAACUUCUACAUCAGCCCUGUGCAUCUAUUUGUAAUCAAAACAUUCAAUCUUAUUUCGAACUUUGAUCUUUGAAUGUAAAGGUCCAAAUUUGUGUACAAGGCUUACAAAUACGAGGAAGUAAUAAGCGCUGUGGUUUUUUAAAACGAAUUUUGUUCAUUCCAUUGGUUUUUCUUGACCUGUGUAUUUCUUACACCGACUAACCUAAAUUCACGGAUUUAAUUCCUAUCACAAUGUUCCCACUUUCAUUCUUACUUGUGCCGCCUUUCAUCAAAGCUGUUUUACAUUGUUAUGACCGAAAGGCAUCAUACAGUUUGAUCAGCUGCUCUGUACCCCUAAUUAAAUUCUCCUGUGUAUAAACAUAAAAAUUGUGCAUUCAUGACGGGAACAGUGGAAGCUGGGAGUAAUGAGUCGGAUGAGUCUGUUGAGGCAUGGUGGGAGAGAUUUUUAAGGCAAAAGCUUGCUGAUGAUGAGUUAGAUGUAGAGCUCCGGUCUGCAUGGGAGAACUGUGUUCAGAGACGAGCUAAAUUUGCUCAAGAAGUCAAACGAAUAAUGGAGUUAUAUCAACCAAUAGAGAAGUUACUUAACUCUACACUUAAAUCCGAUCGUGAACAACGAGGUCAAAGUCUCUAUAGAGAAUGGGGUAAAAUACGUCGUAAAGAAUGCCUUCUAGCUUAUUAUGAUAACGAUACAUUUCGUGCCACUUACACUCGACAACGUUAUAUAAAUAGUUCUACAAGUUUCCUUCAGGCUUUAGUCUAUCGAAUUAUACCGGAAAAUCCAGACGUUGAAGUUUAUUUACGGGAUCAUGUUAGUCGUAUUAUUAGUAUUGGUGUUGGUCCCGGGCCAGAUAUAGCUGCUUAUUUGGCAUAUGCACGUUGUCGUGGCUUCACUCAACGUAUUGUUUAUUUUGCCAUUGAUCAAUGUGCUGGAUGGGGCAAUUAUCUAGCUGCUUUUGAUCGUCAGUGGUCAUCUGAAUAUCAAGUGUCUGUUUGGUUCAAAAGUUCACGUUUUAAUAAUCGGGAUGAUGUAGAGACACUACCAGAUGCAGACAUGGUAGUAUUUAGUUUUGCUAAUACAGCUCUUAUGGCUAGUACUAUUUGGCCGUUGUUACAACAGCGUUAUCGAUUCAUCAUUGUUUUAGAUGGAAUUAAGGAGACUUCAUUAUUGAUGGUACACACAUAUGCCUCCGAAUGCCCUGGUACGACCGAGAGUGUGGAGAGUCAGCUCUCCCACUCAAAAUGCUCUCACAUGACCACACGUAUACAGCCACUAUCAUGUAAGUCUUCCUCACUGUUUUCUCUAGGCAGGGGUGUUGUUUACGAAAUUGAGGGACGAAAAGCAAAUGUCCGGUACUUUAACCGAGUCGAUGGAUAUGAUAGAUCCACAUAGGAGAGUUGGAAGACCCUCAUUUCAAACUAAUGGUGCACAUGAACUCCAGGAUCCUGAGGGAACAAAUAGCGCCGGCUAUCAUGCACCUGCAUCUCUACUGCCUUGUGGAUUAGACCUUUAUAUCGUAGGCUCUGGGUAUGGUCCCCUAAGAAAAUCACUUACUUCGGUUUGGACACCCGGGCAUCAUCCCGGCCCACACACAAAUCAAGUGAAAUGUGAGGUACACAUAUGUAUUCGAUACCCCUUUGUAUUAAUAUUUCUAUGUUCAAAUAAAU